CCAUUCAAAAACAAGAACAAGCCGUUCAGCUAUUGAAGUAAAAAAAGGGGGUGGGAUAUAUAUAUAUAUAACCCACACACGGUCGAGUCCAGAUACCACUUCGGCCUUUUUUUCCCCUUUUCUCCUCUCUCAUCCUGCUAGGAGUAUUUAGCUGUUGCCGCGAUGUCUCAUUCCGCAGCUCAGGGCAGUAUUGGAAGCCAUCCGAAGGGCCUGCGCAACUGUAAGAUCAUCUUUUAUGAAUAUGAAAAUUUCCAAGGGCGCAGGAUGGAGUUUAACAACGAGUGCCGUAACCUGUGUGACCGGGGGUUUGACAGAGUGGGGUCCAUCCGCGUUGAAUGCGGCCCGUGGGUGGGGUACGAGCAGCAGAAUUUCGGGGGCGAGAUGUUCAUGCUGGAGAAAGGGGAGUACCCUCGCUGGGACUCCUGGUCUAACAGCUACAGGAACGACCGCUUCAUGUCCUUCCGUCCCGUCCGUAUGGACGUGCAGGACCAUAAGAUCUGCAUGUACGAGUGUGUGAACUUCGAGGGACGCAAGAUGGAGGUGUGCGAUGAGGACAUCCCCAGCCUCUGGUCCUACAGCUUCCAGGACCGAGUGGCCAGCAUCCAGGUCACAGGAGGAACCUGGGUGGGGUAUCAGUACCCUGGUUACCGUGGUUACCAGUAUGUGUUUGAGUGCGGCCCGUACAAGCACUGGAACGAGUGGGGAAGCAACCAGCCCCAGAUCCAAUCCAUCCGCAGAGUGAAGGACAUGCAGUGGUACCGUCGAGGCUGCUUCGAGACCACCUCCACCUAGACCCCCCACCCACCCCUUCCCAGGGGCUUGCAGGGGGCCGGGUCUCACUGCAACAGACAGACCACCCUGCCAGGGACAGACAGCCACCCGACAACGAGCGACUGAGCCGUCAGCAAAAUCAAUACUGGAAGACCUUCAGUCUUUUAGA